UAUGUGAAGGAAGCCAGCCAUUUUCUAUUGUAGAAUUACCAUAAUUUAGGAAAAUUAUUGAAACCUUGCAACCUCAGUGCACAGUCAUGACAAGAAAAACGCUGCGUCUCAAAGUGCAGGAUACAUUUGAAAAUAUGAAGAGUGCACUUAUCCAAAAAUUAAACAAUGCUGAGUACGUUGCUACAACUGCAGACUGCUGGUCAGCCAGGCAGCGCAGUUACUUGGGGGUCACCUGCCACUGGAUAGACAGUACGUCUUUAGAGAGAUGUUCAGCAGCCUUGGCUUGCAGACGUAUGACAGGAUCACACACAUUCGAUGUAAUUGCUGCUGCUUUAAAGGAAAUACAUAAAGAGUACAAAAUCAGAGGAAAGAUUACAAGGACAACUACAGAUAGUGGCUCAAACUUUCUGAAGGCCUUUCGAAUAUAUGGGGAGGACAAAAAAGAUGAUGCUCAGGAUGCACAGGAGGAGGAAGACUUCAUACUUGAGGAAGAAUCUGACGAAAGUGAAUCGGAGAUGGAGUACCAAGACCUUUUUGGUAUUUUAGAUGAGGACUGUGGCCUGGAAUACCAACUUCCCAGACAUCAAAAAUGUGCAUGCCAUCUCCUUAAUCUUGUUGCUACUGUUGAUGCUUCAGCGGCAGAAGCUGGAAGUGAUACAUAUAAGAGACUAUCACGGUCAGCUUUUGCAAAAUGCAGUGCACUGUGGAACAAAACCAGCAGGUCAGCCUUGGCAUUUGAAACUGUGGAACGUGAGUGCAAACUGCAGUUUCUGCGACCCAAUCAGACACGGUGGAACUCACUGUUUCUGGCUGUAGAAAGGUUGGUGCGUAUCCAGAGGGAACAAGGAGAGCAUGCAAUCCGAAACGUAUGCACAGCAUUAAAGAUAAAAAUGCUGAAUACAGCUGAAUUGGGAUUUUUGGCUGAGUACUCUAUUGUAAUGAAGCCAGUUGCAAUGGCCCUCAACCUACUCCAAGGGGAAUCUUCAGUUCAUAUGGGUUUUCUGCUGCCAACACUUCAACUUCUUCAGCUUGUCCUGCAGUUGGUAGAGUCAACCUGUAAAGUCUGUCAACCCCUCCUUAAGGCCCUACAUGGAGGUAUCCUCAAACGUUUUGGAGAGUUCAUCACAGGACUAGACUACAUAAAAGACCAACUGGAGCUCAACGUGGAAAAUGAUGCCCUCUGCUACAGCAGCCCUUCAGAUGAAGAGGACUUCUUUGCAUCCAUGAAAACAGGCCACUCAGAAACAGGAGAGCUGGAGAGAUGGACAGAAAUCUGGCCUGAAAAGGUUGCUUACAAUGACAAAUCACUCAACACAUGUAAAAGGGAAUACACCAUCCUGAAACGUGGGGCAUGGACACGUCUUGUAAGAGGAGAUAUGGAAAAAUAUCAAAACCUCAUGCGCACUCAGAUUCAGGAGAGCAAAAAUUUUCCAAAUGUUGCAUCUCACUACAUCGACAUAAUUGGGAACUGCACAGAAUGUGAUGCACAACUGUCUAUAACAGCUGAGAUGCCAGCAGCUAAUGAACCAGUUGUGCUUAAAUGUACAAUCCACAAUGUUGAUGACAAUCUCCAUACUGGCAAAGCAAAACGCAAGUUAUCGGGAGAUCUGAGAACACGUGUAUCUGAAGAGCUCUGGGAAGGUCGAAAACAAAUAGAGAAAACCCUGUGGCAAUUCUGGGCAUGUUCACAAGGAGAUCAUAUUCCAGUAGUGCAACGUGCAGGUGCUGCUGCACCCAAAGAAGCAGUCUGUGAUUUCUCCUUGACUUUGCUUGGAGAAUUGGUUAAGGCCUUCACUCCUUACCCAGACCUGAAAACCUACAUCAAUCAGUGCUUUGGAGUGCUGACGAAGAAGCCUGAAGACUCACAGCUUCCACCUUCAUCAGAGUAG